AUGGCAAACCGCCUGGUGAAAUAUUCCAUCGAAAACAAUUUCCUUUCCAGUUCGCAGAAAAGUGCUAGACCCUCGGAGGGCUGCUAUGAACACACGUUCAUCCUUCAAUCCCUGGUCCUUGAUGCGAAGCGUCAUCAGAAGAACCUAUUCCUUGCUUGGCUUGACCUACGCAAUGCAUUUGGUAGUAUCCCACACGAUGUCAUUACUAUCACCUUAUCUCAUCUUGGUGUCCCUGACUCGGUGGUGAAUCUGGUGAAAAAUAUUUAUACGAAUGCCUUCACUGAAGUCCGAACGCCGAAUGGUUCCACUCCCAAUAUUCCUGUUAACGCUGGGGUGAAACAAGGUUGUCCCUUAUCUCCAAUUAUAUUCAACCUGUGCAUUGAGAUUAUCCUUCGCGCCAUAUCGAUGAAAGGUCACACUAUCGGCCCCACAAAGCACUUCAAUGGUGAGAUAUCAGUUCUGGCGUAUGCUGAUGACCUCGUAAUCAUAGCUAAGAGUAAAGAGAAACUUCAACAACUCCUCGAUGCAGCUAGUUCGACAGCCGAUGUGAUAGGUCUUGAAUUCCGCCAAGACAAAUGUGCUUCCCUUAGCAUGACAUAUAACAAGAGAUUCCUUAACAACAUCGAACUAAAUGAGUUUCGAGUUCAAGCCAAGGUAAUUCCUGCACUCAAAGAACAUGACCACUAUAGAUAUCUUGGCGUUCCCAUUGGUAUGUUACGUGACAUUGAUAGUCUUGAUUCGUUGGUUGAUGACUUGUGCAACGAUUUAGAGAGAAUUCGAGCUUCCUUACUGGCUCCCUGGCAAAAGUUGGAUGCCAUAAGAACGUUCGUCCAGCCCUGCCUUACUUUUGCACUACGUGCCGGUGAGCCCCAAAAACAAUCGUUGGUCAAGUAUAAGAAGAAGCUGAUUGAAGUGGUUCGAUCAAUUUGUCAUCUACCCUUGAGAGCGACAUCACACAUUAUCUUCGCCUCUUCGCAAGCCGGCGGUUUGGGUUUUCAAGACCCUACUACUGAGGUUGACAUUCAAACGAUUGUACAAGCGAUCAAGAUGCUCUCAUCCUCCGACCCCUUUGUGUCUGGUACUGCCAAAGGUGAACUCAGGAAAGCUGUCAGGUUUGCCGUUCAAGCGGAGCCAUCUCCUGCACUGGUCAGUGAGUUCAUGUCUGGGUCCACUCGCGGAAAGUUCCAUCCUGAUCGAAUGCGUUACAGAACCCACUCCCUCUGGACCAGAGCAAGGUCUGCCUGUCGUAGACUUGAUAUAACAUUCAAUGUCCCGGACUUCGAAGCCCCCUCUAUUUCCACCAACUCGAAAGGUCCCUGCCUGGCGAAGUCAUCGGCUACUUUCCUUCACCACCUUACUCAAGAACGUGCCUCUGCUAAAUUGAUGGCCCUCCCAGAUCAAGGUAAAGUUGCAAGAGCCUUAAUUAAAGAUGCCUUCAGCAACGGCUCCUCGUGGUUAUACUCUGGGCUUAACUUACGUUUCAAAGAUUGGCGGUUUAUUCACCGUGCCAGGUUAAAUGUCGUUCCCACUAACCAAAACAAAUCUCGUUGGUCCGACUGUUCAAACUUGUGCCGUGUAUGCAACUCCCAUCCCGAAACCCUCCCUCAUGUCAUUUGUCAUUGUGAAACCAACAUGGUCAGCAUCCGAAAUAGACAUAACAGCGUUGUUGAGCGUUUGAGUAAAGCGGUUAGGUUUGGUAACGUCCGAAUUGACCAGCAGGUUGUCGGAGUUCGAGACGAAUGCCGGCCUGACUUAGUAAUCCAAGACGGUCAAGAAGUUACUAUCAUUGAUGUAACCUGUCCCUUCGAGAACGGUGACGAUGCGCUAGCCAAUGCUGAUUUCAAUAAAGUGACGAAAUACAACCACCUCAAACAACACUUCCACCAACUGGGAUUUAAGUGUAAUGUCUUUGGAUUCGUAAUCGGUGCUCUUGGUGCGUGGCAUCCUAACAACGAAGCCGUACUAAACCAGCUGAGAAUGUCAAGGUCGUAUAAAUCCCUCUUCAGAAAGCUGUGCUGCUCCGAUGUCAUCCGAGGCUCGGCGGAAAUAUAUUAUAACCAUAUAGUAUAUAGUGACAAUCUGACGAACUUGGAUUAG